UACCGGGGGGCUGGGCCUCGCGCAGUGCCGGGCUAUAAAACCGGCCUCCGCGGGCUCCGUGCUGUUGCCGACCUUCCCCCCGUGCUGGUGACCGUGUGCCCCCUUCGGCCCCGCCAUGGCUCCUAGGAAGUUCUUCGUGGGCGGCAACUGGAAGAUGAACGGCGACAAGAAGAGCCUGGGCGAGCUCAUCCACACGCUGAACGGCGCCAAGCUCUCGGCCGACACCGAGGUGGUUUGCGGAGCCCCUUCAAUCUACCUUGAUUUUGCCCGCCAGAAGCUUGAUGCAAAGAUCGGACUUGCAGCACAGAACUGUUACAAGGUACCAAAGGGUGCUUUCACAGGAGAGAUCAGCCCAGCAAUGAUCAAAGAUAUUGGAGCUACAUGGGUGAUCCUGGGCCACUCAGAGCGGAGGCAUGUUUUUGGAGAGUCUGAUGAGUUGAUUGGGCAGAAGGUGGCUCAUGCUCUUGCUGAGGGCCUUGGUGUCAUCGCCUGCAUUGGAGAGAAGCUGGAUGAGAGAGAAGCUGGCAUAACGGAGAAGGUGGUCUUUGAACAGACCAAAGCCAUUGCUGAUAACGUGAAGGACUGGAGUAAGGUGGUUCUUGCCUAUGAGCCAGUUUGGGCUAUUGGAACUGGUAAAACUGCUACUCCCCAACAGGCUCAGGAAGUUCAUGAGAAGCUGAGAGGCUGGCUCAAAAGCCAUGUGUCUGAUGCUGUUGCUCAGUCAACUAGGAUCAUUUAUGGAGGUUCAGUCACCGGUGGCAACUGUAAGGAAUUGGCCUCUCAGCACGAUGUGGAUGGCUUUCUUGUUGGUGGGGCUUCUCUCAAGCCAGAGUUUGUGGAUAUUAUCAAUGCAAAACAUUAAAGCAGCCUGUGAGGAGCAGUCCCUUACGGUUAACAGCAAGAAACUGAAGCAAGAAGGGACCUUUUGUUGCACGUCUCUUGGUACAGAGGCUUCUUCUGAGGCUUUCCCCCACCACCACAAUUAUUGUUGUAGCUGUGCUGCUAACCCCCACCACCUUGUUGGAGUCCCAUUAGUGUGAACCCAUCUUCCUUUCUGAACUGGCAAAAUCCUCGGUUAUCUGGCGAGCUGUUAGAGCCCACAGUCAACCUGGCUCUUGCCUCUCUCUCUCUUUGCAGACCUGCAGGGAGGGAGGGCCACUAGUACUGGGGGGAGGAAAAAGGAACCACCAUCUGCAUCCUUCAGCUCCAUCUGCAAGGAGCCUGGCAGCUUAGACCCUUGUGAGACACCUCACCAAUGUCCUGUACUGAACAAUAAAUGAAAAGACAAAAAUA